CAAGAGUAGCAAACAAUGGCAUUUUCGUGCCUUUCCAUUUUUUUAUUACUUUUAGUCCUACUAUCUUCUUCAACAACAGCUUCCAUCUCUAGGUCUUCAAGUUUCAUUCAAGAAAAGUUUAUCCAAUGCUUUAACGCCAAUUCCGAGUUUGCCAUUCCUCUCUCCACCACUUUUUUUACCCCAAGCAAUUCUUCAUUUUCCUCUGUCCUGCAAUCCACAGCACAAAAUCUCAGGUACCUGAUGCCUUCCACGCCAAAGCCUGAGUUUAUCAUCACACCUUUGAAUGAAUCCCAUGUUCAAGCUGCUGUCAUUUGUUCAAAGGAGCUUGGAAUUCACCUAAGAGUCCGCAGUGGAGGCCAUGACUACGAAGGACUCUCUUAUGUAUCCGAAAUUGAAUCACCUUUCAUUAUUGUUGACCUUUCCAAGCUUCGGUCAACAAAAGUUGACAUUGAGGACAACAGUGCGUGGGUAGAAGCUGGUGCCACUGUUGGUGAAGUUUAUUAUAGAAUUGCUGAAAAGAGCAAGACUCAUGGCUUCCCCGCUGGUCUUUGCACUAGCCUAGGCAUAGGUGGGCACAUCACAGGAGGUGCAUAUGGUUCCAUGAUGAGAAAAUAUGGCCUUGGCGCUGAUAAUGUCAUUGAUGCUAGAAUUGUUGAUGCCAAUGGAAGAGUUCUUGACCGAGCAGCCAUGGGCGAAGAUCUUUUCUGGGCAAUUAGAGGCGGUGGAGGAGCAAGCUUUGGCAUUAUCCUUCAAUGGAAGAUAAAGCUGGUUCCAGUCCCAACUACCGUGACAGUUUUCACUGUUAGCAAGUCACUAGAACAAGAGGCUACAAAGAUCCUUUAUAGUUGGCAAAAGGUUGCAGACAAGCUUGAUGAGGAUCUUUUCAUUAGAGUCAUUAUUCAAGUGGCAAACGCAGGCAAAAAGGGUGAGAAAACAGUGACAACAUCCUACAAUGCUCUGUUUCUUGGUGACGCUGAAAGGCUCCUCCAAGUAAUGGAACAAAGCUUCCCUGAAUUGGGUUUGACACGAAAAGACUGUAUUGAAACUAGCUGGAUCAAAUCCGUGCUUUACAUUGCUGGGUACCCAAGUAACACACCUCCUGAGAUUCUACUUCAGGGUAAGUCUUUGUUCAAGAACUACUUUAAAGCCAAAUCAGACUUUGUGAGAGCAGCCAUACCAGUAACGGCGCUUGAAGGGCUGUGGAAAAGACUAAUGGAGGAAGACAGUCCACUGAUGAUAUGGAACCCUUAUGGUGGAAUGAUGAGCAAGAUUUCUGAAUCAGAAAUUCCUUUCCCUCACCGAAAAGGUACCAAAUUCAAAAUACAGUAUGUGACUCUAUGGCAAGGUGGGAAUGAGAAUGCAACCAAGCAUAUCGAUUGGAUUCGAAGGCUAUACAGUUACAUGACGCCUUAUGUUUCAAAGUUUCCAAGAGCUGCAUACGUGAAUUACAGGGAUCUUGAUUUGGGCAUGAACAAAAAAAUCAAAACAAGUUUCAUCAAGGCCAGCGUUUGGGGAACCAGAUACUUCAAGGGUAACUUCAACAGAUUGGUGAAGGUGAAAACUAAAGUCGAUCCAGACAACUUCUUCAGGCAUGAACAGAGCAUUCCACCUCUUCCAGUUGAAACUAGAUUUUAGGCAACAAUUAAUUAAAUACCAGAUGGCUUGAUUUCCUUCACUUUUAUCCUUAAUUGGUACUCCAAUAUUUGCUUUUCUUUUUUUUUUUUUUUGUCUGUGAAAGAAAAAAUAAGGAUAGUUGAAUACUAGGUACAUAUAUACUAUCAUCUUCAAAGCUUGUAGCUACACUAGAACUGUGAUAUCUUGUUCUUUUCUAUGUUAAGUGGUUCUAUGAUUGUGUUGGUCAAACGCUUUA